AUGGCAAACUUAGAAAAGGAAGUUCGAGAUUUACGUGAGCAGAACCAUGAAUUGGUCCAGGCAGUGCAGAAUUGGAAGAUGGUUGCUGGAGAAAAAGAAAAGCAUAUAUUAAAGCUAACAAAAGAGACUAAUGACUUAAGGAUUCAAAUAAGCAUACUAAGGAAUAAAGGUAGUGCCUGUGCACGAAAACUAGAAACUGCUUUGCAAAUAAUUAGCGAAACAGCAUUAACGCAUCUAGUGCAAGGAUCGAAUGCUGUUGCAAGUAUAAUGGAGCUUAUGAAAAACUAUAUGAUAGAGAGAGAAGAAAUAGAAAUCUCUUCACGCCAGUCUCUAAUAGACACCACUCCAAAUACUGAGAGAGUGCAAAGAGUUCCUCCUUUAAUGCUGGGAGGAAAAUCUAUACAGCCUGUAGUAUCAUUAAGUCGUGCAAUGUUACCUAAUAAUAGUUUGACAGGAAGUCAAGGGUCAAAUGAAAAUCACAGUGGACAAGUUAGACCCUUGCCAAUGCGGGUAUUACAAGAAAUUUACAUACCGCUUACAAGGAUAGAUGCCGAUAUGACUCCUCCUGACAUAGAAAAUAAUCAUGACACUAGUGUGGAAGACAUGGGAUUAGACGAAGAAAGUGAUGAAUCUGAAGAAGAGGAUGGAGGAGGAGGAGGAGCAAACACACCAAGAGAUGAUAGAAGAGAAGAAUUAAGCAUUCUCCUAGAAGAAUCUGAAGAAAGCAGAACACCGUCAAUAGUUGAUCCAUUGGAAGGCCCUAGCCGAUUACUUGAACCUCCCAAUUAUAAUGGCCCUAGUGAUCAGUCUACGCGUGAAUUUACGCCAACAAUGCGCCGGCGCAAACGCAUUUCAUCACCGAGUGCUGCGGAAUCGUCGCCUAUUCUCAUGCCCCGUCAUGUUAUACCGAGACAUAAGACGCAUGGUCGCAUUCUAAAGGUUCAUGUUAGGUCGUCAUUUUAA